ACCGUUUUAUCAGUGAGAUAGUGUUGUUAUUUAGUCUGCAGAAUCAAAAUGGCUCUCUUAUUGGUACACAAGACGACGGUUUAUUUCAAAGUACAUUAAAGCCAAGUUUUUUAUGACAAUUGAAUCACUGGAAGAAAUUUUCAACCGUCCGUUGUUUCGUGUAAUGAUCCACAUAGAAUACUUGCUAUUAUUUUAUAAGUAUUGGCAAUACAUUUUUAUGAUGUACAACUACGACCCAAGUAUAUUCUAUCUAUUUUUCGUUUGUCUUUUUUUUAUAUUAUUGCCCGUCGUCAUUUUAAACGCAUAUGAAAUUAAAUCGAUUUACCGAUUCGUUAUGUUUCCCACUCUAAUGGCGCUCAUGGACUUGAUUAUUCUCGUGUUUAGCCUACGAUGGGAUUCACUUGUGCACUAUCAAGCUGCUGCUUGCCUAUGCGAAAGCACGAAUCCGCGUUUGCAUAGAAAUGAUCGAUGUCAUAUUUAUCCCAUCUUGGAUUCAAACGGUUUUCUAGGAAGCGUUCUAAGAAACAUAGCCAUAUGUGAGUAUGAUUUCACUCGAUGGUGUUUUGGUAUUAUGGUAUUUCCUGCAUUAGCAUUCUUUUCAUUUAUUAUAAACAAUUUGGUAGUUAGAUUGUGAACUAGCUCAAAUCGAAAACAAACUGAUCUAUUUGUAAACAAAAAGACAAAUCAAUGUGCUACUCUUAACUUUUUCUUUUUCAGAGUGUGGAUACGAGAGAAGAGAAUACAGGCACACUAGGGUGUGGGUAUGUGUGGGUGGGUAUGGGUGUGUGUGGGUGUGGGUGGGUAUGGGUGUGGGCGGGUGUGUGUGGGUUUGGGUGUAUGUGGGUGGGUAUGGGUGUGUGUAGGUGUGGGUGGGUAUGGGUGUGGGUGUGUGUGUGUGGGUGUGGGUGGGUGUGAGUAUGGGUGUGUGUGUGUGCGUGGGUGUGGGUAUGGGGUGUAGGUAUGGGCAUGAGUGUUGAAGAUGAACACUCCGUAUCCAACCAUAUCCCACACCCACACCCUUGGGUGCGGUUUGGGUGUGGGUGGAUGUGGGCCGUAGGUGUAACUAUUACCAUUCGCACCCACAUCCAAACCGCACCCAGGGGUGUGGGUGUGGGUGCGAAUGGUAACAGUUACACCUACGGCCCACACCCACCUCCACAGCCACACCCACACACAUCCACACCCACACCCUAUUCCAGAAAAUAACUUCAAACAAACUGCCGAAAUUCUUCUUAAUAUAUUUCAAUCUGUGCGUGUUUUAAAAAAACAUUUGCCUAGUAGAGUUGACGAAGCCUAUGGUGACAUGGUUAAAUAUCUCUUGCAAUAUCUAAGCAAUUUGUCUGAGAAAGUAGAGCCACUUUUAGCAAAGGGCAGACUAAAUAAUGAAGAAAUAGAAAUCAUUAAAAAAUCUAUGGAAAUACUACGAUCAGCUAAAGAAAACGCUGCACUUCAAGAACGCGUUUCAAUAUAUCUAGAAAUGCUAAAGAAAAAAACGGAUGUCUUAGAUGGACAUGAUGCAGAUCAGACUUUCGGCAAUAACAUUAAAGAUUUGAAUGAAAUUUAUGAUCAAUUCAUCGCAAAGACUAUCAAACAUUUUGAUGAGAUUAGCUUAAGAAUUAAGGAACUAUUUGAUAGAAAUGGAGAUAAUGCUUUAGAAUAUAUGAAAAUAUUGGUUAAUGAUAUGGAUACUCUUCGUACUAUUCCAGAACUUGAGACAAAGUGUGCUGGAACAUAUUAUCAUACGAUUGAAAACAUACGUGGUUACAUGCAACAACUACAAGGAGAAGCAGAAAAGUUAGUCAUUGCUAUUGAUCAACAGUCAGGUAUCACAAACUAUAGACAUAUUGCACGUUCAUUGGCACGUUUGAAAAAUGCCUCAUGGAUCGAUCAGAUUAGUCCAGGAAUAUAUGAUAAUGUAAUGCGUCGUAUUACAGAAGAAUUAGUGCAAUAUGCUUGUCAAUUGGAAGAUAGUUUCAUGAAAGUAGAUUUUAGUUUGAAAUGUCCAGAGAAUGUUUCUAUUGCGAAAGAGAUUGUUGACAAAAUUGAAUCUAUGCAAGAUUUAGAGCGUAGUAUUCCAGAAUUAGAAAAGUAUAGAAAUAGUAUCCUCCAGCGUUUUUUGCGUUGUACACAGGAAGCUUUCGAUCGAAUACAAAAGACUUUUAAUUUACAAGAUAAAGAUCUUUAUCAAAUAAAACAGAAGUUAAAAGAACUUGAAGAAAUUAAACGAGAAUAUAGUAAUUUACAUCCAGCUCGUAUUUAUCUACAAAGACAAGGUUAUUCAAACAUCAAUAUGCUAACUAAUGACAUUGAAGAGUUAAAAGUAAAAAGAAAACUGGAAAAUGAUGUAUUACUAGCUGCGCAAUGUGAUAUGGAAUCUGAGUUGCGAAAUUUAAACUCAAUUGUUCAAAACUACAUGAAUCUGUUGUCUUCGUCAUCGACAGAUCAAGAUGUAUUUCAAACAUUGUCAAGUAUGAUAGGAUUAGAUUUUCAAAACCAAAGCUCACAGACAGAUACUUAUUUAAGAUCAUUAGGAUAUUCAUGUAUUGAAUCAGUAUACGAAAAGAUUUCAGACGUUAAGAAAAAUUAUCGUCAAAAAUUACAACGAAUUGAAGAUCAAAAUACAGAAUUAAGUCUUUUAUUAGAUCGUCUUGAAUCCAUAAAAAAAGAGCAUGACUUACUGAUAACUACUCGUCAUUCACCUUCUGAAGAAGCUAGUUUUCUUCAAGGAAAAGGAUUCAAUAGUUAUGAAUUACUUGAUAGUAGUAUACAAGAAAUAACAAGAGUUAUUAAUGAACAGGGAAGAAAUCAACAAUCAUAUCAUUUUAAUGAUAGAUUAAAUGCUUUAACAGCAAAUAAUGCAUUAAUAUAUAUACGUCAAUGUGAAAAAGUAGGUCAUGAUCGUGUAAGAGAAAAUGCUAUUGAUGCCAAUGAAAACUUACGAAAAUAUAUAAGAGAAUAUGGUAUUUUUUUAAAACAUGAAAUAAUUACAAAAUUUAAUUAUAUGCACACUGUUGACGAUGAAAA